CUAAUUACCCUUCCAUAUUUAUAGGAUGCGUUGGAUUGCCCUUCAUGUAUCUAUUAUUUAUCAUCUCACCGAUACAAUGCCACCCACAGGCAUCCUCAAGUGAAAUGCACCCUAUGACCUUUUGGUCUGCGAUAGAUUGAUUGUCCGUCUACUGCGGGGUAGUUCAAUUUAUUCCACGCCCGAUCAUGACACUCAAGGAAAUGGCAACCCAAGCACAGGACUCCCAGAGAACCCAACAAUCUCAUACUAUGAUAAAGAGAGCAGUCGUCUCUUCCUUCAUCUUUCGCUUCCCUCCGGGGCAGCCAACCAAGCCGUCCGUAGCGUUGUUCAAGCGGAGCGGAAAAGUGAGGACGUACCGUUAUCACCUUGCCCCUAUCUCCGGUAGCAUCGAUCCUGAUGAUCCAGACCCUCUCGCGGCGGCGUGGCGCGAAUUGUGCGAAGAAACCAACCUCACCCCGUCGGAUCUCAGCUUCUGGCGCACCGGCAAGCCAUUCACUUUCAGCGACCCGUCUAUCGGCAGAGAAUGGACCGUUCAUCCGUUCGCUUUCCGUCUCAAAGAUCUGGCAGAAGGGGGACAGGGGGAGGAGGCCAUUCGGACUGACUGGGAACAUGAAGGGUGGCAGUGGUACGAUCCUCACACGGUGCUCGAAGACGAAAGCCUGACCACCGUUCCACGUCUGCAAGACAGUUUAAAAAGUGUCUGGUUUGAGGGCACAACCAACGAGCGAGCAGGAAGGGCUCUUGCGACUGGUCUGGAACGGCUGCGAGCGGACCAUGAGAGCGGCGCGCAUGAGUUGACGGCGAUAGCGCUCACGGUGUUUCGUGACUAUAUCGUGUACACGCAAAACCACCUCGAUGCGGAAUGGUGGGCCAUGAUUCGAAUGGCAGCAUGGCAUCUCAUCAAGAACGGACGAGAAAGCAUGGGUGCAGCCACGCAGAACGCCAUUCUAUCUGUCUUAGCGGAGAUAGAAGAUAUCAUGGAGCAGAAGACCGGUGCCGAGCAAAAAUGGGAUCGGAUCCUGGCUCUGAUCGACUUUCACCUGAGAAAUCGCGCCGAUACUGCACAGCAGGUCAAGCAAUCCUUCAUCUCGUACCUACAGUCUCACUUUUCGCCCGGUGGCACACAAAAGGAUCGGCUUACCAUGCUUACCAUAUCCUCCAGUUCUACUAUCCGGGACAGUAUUUUGGAAGCAUACGACGCGCUCGGGAUCCAAACACUGGAAGUACGGGUCCUUGAGUCAAGGCCGCUUUUCGAGGGCGCCAGCCUCGCCUCGUCUAUCUUAUCGACCUUCAAAUCCCAGUCGAAUUCUCCCGACAAGCAUCUGCGUAUCACGAUGUAUACUGAUGCAUCAGCUGCCCUGGCCGCCAAAGACGUCGAUAUCGUCCUGCUCGGUGCGGACCGCAUAUCCGCCACCAAGGGUGUCAGCAACAAAACUGGAUCGCUGCCUUUGGUGCUCAGCGCGAAGCAUGUCACCCCAAGCGUGCGAGUUGUCGUGCUUAGCGACAUCGAGAAGGUCAAUGGAACGGCUGGGGUAAUCAACGACGAACUCACCGAGGGCAAUGAUUCCUUCGAGGUGUCAAGUGCAUGGCGCAGUGACGGUGUCAAAGGUGUGCAGGUGCUAGAGAAUGGAAUGAGAGGGAGUAAGUCAGAGCAGGAGAAUUCGUCUGUGACGGUGGAGAAUAACUACUUUGAAUGGGUUCCUCUGGACUUGGUGGAUACCUUCAUCUGCGAAGAGGGAGUCCUUGAGAAGGACAGUAUUCAGGAGAAGUCCCGUAAGUUGGGAGAGAGGGUUGAUCGGUACUUUGGUACUUUGCAAUGAUGGCGGUCGUUCAUCCAGUUAAACUUAUCUAUUGUCUGGCCUACGAGCUGUAGUUAGAUAGCACUUUACAUAGCGCGACUAACUUAUGUCGUGCCAGACAUGCACCCAUUUCUUAAAUGAUAAGAUAACCUUCGAUAACAAGCUCUCAAGAAACCACAUCUACAUCGCCACUAAGCAAAAAGAUAUGAUAUCAUCCACAUGACAUGAGCCACAAUACAAACACCCAUUCAGCCCAGACAUAUCAGGAACUUUGUGAAUGGUGCUCAUAUUCACUCUACA